CAGGAAAUGGAUCCAAAUUCAGAUAAAAAAUGUGUGAUUUCAAUUAAUGAAAAAAAUAUUGAAGGAAUAAUCGAAUCAAAUGAAGUGGUCGUAAUUAAUUUUUAUGCGAACUGGUGUAGAUUCAGUCAACAAUUAGAGCCAAUUUAUGAGGAAGCAUGUAAAGAAGUUAGAAAUUUACAUCCAGAGCCGUCUAAAGUUGUGAUGGGCAGUGUUGACGUGGAAACUGAACGUGCACUAGGUCAAAAGUUCAAUAUUUGGGUUUAUCCCACCAUUAAAUUCAUUGUAAACGGCCGCACAAUGAAACGACAGUAUCCAGGCAAAAGAACUUACACAAUUUGUUUUGAAAUUAGUCCAAGAUCCAGUGAUAGAAAUUACUCAAUUAGAGGAAUUUAUUGA